AUGAAGAAGAAAGUCGAAUGUCAUUUCUUGGACAAAACUUUCUUGGAUUCUCAUGGCAAAGGUGUUUACUUAUCCUCGCAUUUAAGCCAACUAGCGUGGGUUCGUACCGGCCAUGGCAGAAGCCAAGAUCCGGCACAAACACUUCCGUACGAGUUCGCUUUGCUGUAUAUGAGCUUCAGAGAAAAGAUCGAGGAGAAUCGCGUGGGUGUUGACAUCCCGAGGAUUGUAGGGCCUGGAUUUGACGUGGACAUGGACUUUGACAGCUUCGCGACGAAUGAUAACAAGACCGUGUAUGCGAAAUCCGGGAGCGACAUUGUGGUGUUUAGGUUGGAUACCGAUGGAUGGCAGUGGAAGGUUGAUGGAAUUGUCAACACGGCUAUCUAA